AUGGUCCUACGAAGACAUGAUGGAAGUGUUAUUUUCACGGCAUACAGGUUCUUAUUUAACUGUAAUGAUGCGUUGGAGGCCGAGAUUCACGCUUUGAUGCAAGGUAUGGCACUAGCGAAACAACACUCUGAAGGCCCGAUCAUUGUGCAGUCUGAUUCCUCGAUAGCAUUGGCUUCUCUCAAAGGCGAUAAUCUGGACCGCUCUGCAUAUGGUCAUCUCAUUGCUGAGAUAAAGUUUUUGAUAAUUGAUAGGGAGUUUAUUCCCCAGAAAAUUUCCCGUGAACCAAAUAGGGUAGUAGAUCGUUUGGCUAGUUAUAGUCGAUAUGAAUGUACUACUGCUGUAUGGCUAUACCGUGGUCCUCCGUGUAUUGAGGCACUACUGCCACUGGACUGUAACCCUAUCAUUAUGGAAUAA